AUGAAUCCCCAAGCCGUCGAAGCCCCCUUGACACAAUCGGCCACCUUUCUCGUCUUAUCGGCCACAGAUGUACCAGAUGCCCUCAAGAACAUUCGAUCUGCCGUCUCAAGUAUCUCGGACAUCACCAAGAACAUUUCGACCCGCCACCCGAGCGCCAAUCUCUCUUGCACCGUCGGCAUCGGCAGCAAAAUCUGGGAUGGGUUCACGCAACUACCCCGGCCGACGGAGUUGAGACCAUUUAAAGAGAUCCGGGGUGUUAAACACACUGCAGUAUCGACACCUGGUGACCUGUUAUUUCACAUCCGAUCGGAGAGGAGAGACAUGUCCUUCGAGUUUGAGAGACAACUCAUGGAUUUGCUAGGCGAUGCGGUCAAGACGGAAGACGAGACGGUUGGGUUUCGGUACUUUGAUGCACGCGAUGUGCUAGGGUUCGUCGACGGCACUGCUAACCCCGUUGGCUCAGACGUCUCUGAAGCUAUUGUCAUCACUGAACAAGAUGACAAGUCCGAGGCCGCACCCGGGGGAAGUUACGUCGUGGUGCAGAAGUAUCUCCACGAUAUCAAGGCAUGGCGCAGCUUGUCUACCGAGAAGCAGGAGGCCAUCAUUGGGCGGACAAAAUUGGACAACAUAGAGCUAGACGACGCGGAGGAUGGACGCCAGCAGUCUCACAAGAGCCUAGCAACCAUCGAGGACGAGGACGGAAACGAGCAUGACAUCCUCAGGGAUAACAUGCCUUUUGGAUCUCCAGCUUCUGGGGAGUUUGGCACCUACUUCAUUGGGUACUCCAAGAAACUCUGGGUCACGGAGAAGAUGCUUGAGCGGAUGUUCAUUGGCAAUCCGCCCGGGCUGCAUGACAGAAUAUUGGACUUUUCGAAAGCAGUCACGGGGUCUACCUUUUUUGUGCCAUCGGCCAAGGUAUUGGAAAGUCUUGGUAAUGAAUAA